AUGCCACUAUUCCUCCUCACUCCUCAUCCCAUGGCCUCCAAGCUUUUCUUCCAAGCCAUCCUCCUUCUCGCCGCCGCCCUCACUUUUCCGGCGACCACCACCACCGCCCAAGAGUGCCCCUAUCCGUGCUACCCACCGCCAACCGGCCCCGGAAACAACAACCCUCCGGCGACUACAACUCCACCCUCCCAACCAGGCUCUAACAAUCCUCCCCCACUCCCUACUUACACUCCCCCCGGCGGCGGCGGCGGCGGCGUCUACUUCUACAACCCACCGCCGGAUUUCACCAACGGCGGCCUCACGCCGCCGCCUCCGGACCCCAUCCUCCCGUGGUUCCCGUACUACUUCCGAAAGCCUCCCCACGGAGAUCAAUCGUCGUCGUCUUCAAGAACUCUCCGAGCACCCACGGCCAUGACGGCGGUCGCCGCCGCCGCUCUGUUCUUCAUUGCUUUUACUGUGCCUUUUUAUUAG